UCUUGCGUAUGGAACUGCUCCAGCGUCGCCUCUCUUUCCAGCUCCGUUUAGUAGCUACGUUUUGAACGGUCUUUCGCCUUCCCCGAGAUGUCUGACAGUGAAGUUGAAGCUAAGUUUUUGGGACCUGGAAAAGAACUAACAAGGGAACCAUGCUCUAAAAAAUUGAAAUCAGCUGCAGGUGAUGGUGUUUUCCCCCAUCGAGGUGUUCCUGAUGGUCACAGAAUCCAAGAAAAAAACAGAAAUAAUAGGGUCCCUGUGGCCACCAUUAACUUCAGAAGACGUGUUUGUCCUCAAGAAGACAAAGCCAGUACAGAUGUGUUAAAGCCUUUGCACAAGGAGAUGCCCGGGAAUAAACUAGGUGGUACUGAAUCCAGUGGUUCACAAGCUUUGCAUGAUGGAAAGCCUUCACCACUGGCCAGGGAUGAUGAAAUCUAUAGCACAAGUAAAGCAUUCAUAGGCCCCAUUUACAAACCCCCAGAAAAAAAGAAAUGCCGUGAAAGGAAGAGUGAGAUGGAUACUUUCAAUAGUAUAGAUAGCAGAAGAAGACAAGAGGAAAAACAGAAAUUUAACUCCAAAAAAUUGGAGAUAGACACGGAAUUAUCCCAGUUUUACAAAGAAAUUGAAGAACUGGAAAAUGAAAAUGAAGCUUCCCAAGGCAGUUGUAAGGAACCAGAACCUCCCCAGGAACAAAUUAUUCCUUAUGACCCGGCCUGUAAUGCCUUAAAAUCUGAGGAAGAAAAUAAGGAUCUGAGUAAUGUUUUUCAGUCACAUUGUGGUUAUCAAGAGUACUUGGAGGAUGAACCAGACUACCCCUGUGAUGAACAGUUGAUACCUACAUUUUGUGAAACUUCAUUUCCUUCCUUCAGACCUGAAUGGCAGUCAGUACAUCCUUUUGUCAUACCCCAUGAUCCUCUUCCCAGUUUUAAUUAUUUUAAUAUUCAAAGAUUUGGUGCCCCACUACAUCCACCACCAGAUGUUUUCCAUACGCAAGAUGACUCUCAGAUGCAGAAUGGGUGUUAUGUAGAUAGUUAUCAGGAUAGCUGGAGCUGUUUGACUUUUGAUCAGAAUGAUGAGUAUGCUAACUAUGAUGUGACUAGCAAUAAUGUUCAUCCCUUUAGAAAUGGCUACAGUGUACAAGGUGAAAGUGUGAAUAAUGGUUUCUGUGAAAUCAGAGAGUGCUGGCAAGAUCCUUCCAUUGACAAGCAUAAUGAAACAGACAAGUUUGUGAACCAGUGGUUUCAAGAGGAGAAGUUAAAUAAAUUGCAGAAAUUACUUAUUCUUUUGCGAGGCCUCCCUGGUUCUGGAAAAACAACAUUGUCUCGAAUUCUGCUUGGUCAGAGUCGUGAUGGCAUCGUCUUCAGCACUGAUGACUAUUUUCAUCAUCAAGAUGGGUACAGGUACAAUGUUAAUCAACUUGGUGAUGCCCAUGACUGGAACCAGAACAGAGCAAAACAAGCUAUCGAUCAGGGGAGAUCUCCAGUUAUAAUAGACAACACUAAUACCGAAGCCUGGGAAAUGAAACCAUAUGUAGAAAUGGCCAUAGGAAAAGGAUACAGAGUAGAGUUUCAUGAACCGGAAACUUGGUGGAAGUUUGAUCCUGAAGAAUUAGAAAAGAGGAAUAAACAUGGUGUGUCACGAAAGAAGAUUGCGCAGAUGUUGGAUCGUUAUGAAUUUCAAAUGUCCAUCUCCAUUGUGAUGAAUUCAGUGGAACCAACCCAGAAAAGCAUACAAAGACCCCUUCCUCUCCAGGGGGAACAGAGAGGAAGAAUUUUGAAGAAAAGUGGAUACAGGCUUGACAAAACCAAACAGAAGAGAAACAGGACAGGGAAGAAAAGGAGCAACGGUUUUAGUGAGAACUCACUCAAAACGUCAGGUGACCUUGCACCUGGAAGUCAGGGUCCAUCUCAGAGUGAAGGGGAAGGCUUUGAGGAGGCCAAGAGAGAACCAGGGCAUCCCUUAAUUGGUGGCCUACGGAAUGAAGGAACAGACUGUGGAAAUGGCCACAAAGAGCAAAGUUGGCAAGGCAGAAAGAUCUCCAACAACUUCCAAAAGACGGUGUCUACAGUUGAGUUGGGCCACACACCUAAGAACUGCUUCCCUAAGGAGGGGAAGGAGGAGGACAAGGAAAAAGAGGAGAGGGGCUCAUUUCUAACUUUACCAUCCGUACCACCUGCCUCUCAUCAUACAAGCACUCAACAUCUGUCUUGUGCAGUGAGGGAUGGCUGCUUGGGCAAGAGGGUGGAACAGCGUGUGAGGAAUAGACAUAACUCAGUCUUAGACACCCAGGACGUAUCUGCUAAAACCCCGGGUUCAGUCAUGCAUAAGGUAGAGAUGAUGGGUAAAAGUUGCCCGGAUGAGUUUGCCGUGAAUCAUCAGGGUGGAACCAGAACAUCGGAGGAAAUUUUGCGAAAGGAACAAGGAGUCAAAAGCGAUUGCUGGGCUUUUUUUACAGCUAGUUUGUGUAAUGAAGAGUCACAACUCAGGUCUGAGAGUCAGCCAUAUUUGGGCAGUUGGCCAGAGGGACCUCAUAAGUUUGUGUGUGAACAGAGACCCAAGAAAGCUAGGUCUCGCAGGCUGACGUGCCCUGAUAGCGAGGAACACUUGGUUAAGUUGAUUUCCACUUCUGAAGGAGCAACAGGCUCAGGAAGCAGCCCAGAAAUACCAACGGAGAAGCUGCUGAUAGACUCGUCUCCUAGAGCUGAAGCUGUAGGUUUACCCAGAAACCCAGGAACAGAUAACUCCAGCAGUUGUGUCCCCCAUCUAAACUCCCCAGAGCACCCCUUAGAAUCAGCAAAGGGUACACAAGGGGUGCAGAGGAAGAUUUGCAAUUUGCCACCAGACUCUAAGUUACUGGGACAGAUUCAUAUCAACCCCGAAGAAAAGGAGAAACAUGACCUCUUAACAGAGAGUCAUGGGAUGGACACAUUUUCUUGGGGGAAAGAUAUCUCUGAUGUAAUCAAUAAAGAUGAGAGAAAGCAAGAAGUGGUGAUCUUUGACCGUCAUCUACCAUGGUUUUACCUUGAUACCCUCCUCCAAGAUUCUCCUCUAAGUGUGGUUGGGAAGUCUUGCUCUUAUCGCCUGUCCUUUAACAGACUGGGGUGUGCUGUGUAUUUUUACAAAAACCCUGUCCCUUCUCUCAUGCUACAUUAUCUGUCUGCCUUUUGCAUGAUGUCUUUUAACAACAAAAGAACACUUUUGACCUUCAAAUCCCAGAAAAGAGUGGACAGGACACUAACCGAUGGAGGGUUUGUUCCCUCAGAAGUUGGAAGUAACCAGCCCGAUACUGUUUUCUCUCUGAGGAUUUCUUCUGAUCAUCAGUUUUCAAAGGAGAGAUUUGAUGGAAAACUGAAGAUGUGGGAAGCCUGGGAGCUGCUGCAGUGUGGACCCGCUGACGACAGCCAGGACUUUAGCAGGAGUUGUCAGUCCUUCGGGCCACUGACACAAGAAUUUGCCUUUCACCCAGCCAAACUUUUGGCAUCUCCUGCAGUUUCAAUGGAAUCCUCGUCACAGGAUGACCAACCACAGGAUUCCCUCUGACUGGAAGUCACUCAAGAUAAUGCCUUUGCAAUGGAAAAUGUCAAUAAAGAAAAGGCAGAAGAAUCUUGGUAAAAAUGAAAAUCCCUUGACCUGUAAGUACCUCUCGUCGCAGAGACCUCGAUCCGUACGGUCAGGAGGAAAUGAGUGUUGCCGUUGCCUGGUUGUAAUAGCGCAGAUGUAUUGCAGUUGAAGAGUUGUUACCAUAGCAACCCUGUCUGUGCGAUUGCGUGUUCAAUUCUUUUCUUCAGCCUCACAUCUUUCUGUGAACUGCAACAAAGCUUGGAUUGUUGCUCCCGAGAUUUAUCCCCCAUUUCACUAGUCAGAAUGCAUUUCAGAGCAUUCUGAUGACACAGUGCAGGAGAGCUCACACACACACACACACACACACACACACACUGGUGUGUGACCAGAGCUAGGAAUUAGGGCUAUAGUUUAGUUUACAUGUAAAUAUUGUAUAUUAACAGAUGCUCUAAGAAAAGAGGCAGCAUGUACAGACACCAUGUCAUAUACUUGACACAGAGGGUGGCAUUAAAGUAAACACAUGUGAUGUCAGUGCAUUCCGUGUCUGCACUUGAUAAGAAUGGACACACAUGUGUUUGGCAUGUUUUCUAAAUGUUUUCCUCUUGCACCUGCUCCUGCUGGGAGCCAGAGCAGUGCAUUCUGGGGAGGAGUCUAGAGGUUUGGAGAGAUGGCUAGGAUGAGAUGCAUGUGCUAAGAGACUGUGAGAGCUCUGGAGAAAGGGAUGAAAACUUUCAUUUUGUUCCCAGUGCACGAGUGGCCUCAUUUUAGACCUUGCUCUGUAUGCCGAGGGGAAGCAGGGAGCCCUUUCCUGCCCUCCUCUGCUAUAUAUGGCAGUCUCGGUUAGGGGCUGUUGCCCUUCUCCCCUGUGAGGUGGCCCUACAGGGACACUGAGCUGCCCAGCCCAAUGACAUGCAGGGAGUUGCUUAGCUGUGGCCAAUCCCAGAGUCUCUCCCUGUGCUGACGGUGCGGAUUUGUGUCACAUGCAGGCUCUGUAUGUACUUGUGGCUUUGAAGUCGCUCCUCCCUUCUGCUCUAGCUCUUCUCCAUGGCACUGGCUUCACCCACAGCCUCGGUCUAAUUCCUCAUCUGAGCAGCUCACGAGGUCUGUAGCAAAUGCGUCUUCACUGCAGUUAUUCUGAGAAGGAGCCUUCCCGUUUGGCUUGUCAUGGCAUACUGACAAGUAGGUUGAAGGGCAAACAGAAAUAUGGGAAGAGGCAAUUAUAAGGAGACCUGCUGGGCUGUAGAAGUUCUGUGGUGGUUUCGGCCUAUUUCACAGUACUCUGCCCUGCCUGCCAUGUGUUGACAGCCACGGUCCUCUGUAGAGGCUGAGGUAGGCCAAGGAUCUGCUCCUACAUGCCUGUCCUGGAGCCGCUACCUGCUGUGUGACCUGAAAAAAUUAAUCUCCUCACAAAAAGUAGAUAGUAUCACUUGAAUAACAUGUACAGAGCACUUAGGCUAGUGUGUGAGCAGUCAAGGCUGUGACACGGGUUCAUUUCAUCCUCCUACACCUCCGGGCAAAGGCCUCCAGCAGCACAGCACACGGCAUCUUGAAAAGUGAAAGACUGAGCUAGGAAACCUGCUUGCAAAUUUGUAUCAAUUCCUGUAGUGGUCUUAUUAACGUCUGUACUGCAAAGAGCUGUACCUCAGGGGCUGAGGACACACGGAGGUGAAAUGAGCAGAACCAGACAGAAUGGACUGAAGGGACAGCGCAGACAUGAGAUGCCGGGCAUGGCAUGACCAGGGCAGCAAAGGGGACCCACUGUGUCUGGGUGUGUGCUUGCCUGCAGUCAGAUCUCUGUUUCUUGUCCUGCUGCUGAGAAAUCACUGGAAUAAGACAGGGAGCCCAGGGCUGACCCUCAGAGGCCCUCCCAGCACGCUCCCACUGCACAUCAGCACUGGCUUGGCUAAUCCCUCCAGGUGUUGCUUCUGAUAAGUUGUAUUAAUAAUAAAAAAAAAAAAAGAAAGAAAGAAAAAGAAAACUCGGCAAGCAGCAACAGUGUGAACACAGCCGCUGCCUGAUGCCAAGAGCUGUUGCAGCUUCUACUUACAGAGGAAAGAGAGGCACAGAUAGCCCCGUAAUCGCUCUGAGAUUGGGUUAGUAGCCCUUAUGCAAGUAUUGAUCUGUGGCCACAGCUCUAGGAUCUAAAAUCAUAAAAUUCUGUUUAUUCAGUUUUUUAAAAAUGGUGGUAAAAUAUACAAUAAAUAUAUUACCUUA